AUGGUUUCCACCACAUGGGGCGGAUUGGCUGCUCGAGCUCUCUUUUAUAUGUCUAUUCACCGGCUCGGCCACGCUGCAACUGACGCGCCCUACGCCGAAAAUGCUGAACUCGCAGCCAAGGUUCUUCAAGACUGGUUUAAACCGCAAACGGGGGGGUGGAGCACAGGGGGUUGGUGGCAGAACGCAAACAUUCUUACAGUUUUGACAGACUGGGCUCUGCUUGAGGGUCCAAAUCAGCAUGUCAAUGUUACCGAUAUUGCUGCCACUACGUUUGUGAAUGCUCAGAAGGAGAACGUGCAAAUCGGAAAACGACACAGAGCAGGCGAGCGGAUGGCCUCAUCAAGAAAGCACAAGCGGACGACGGAGAGCGGUUACCCUAAGUUUAUCAACACAUUUUACGAUGACGAGGGGUGGUGGGCAUUGGCUUGGAUCAGAUCGUACGACCUAACGAAGAAGAUCGAAUACCUCAGUAUGGCGGAAAGCAUUUUUGAUGAUAUGAGAACCGGCGCCGACAACGUCUGUGGCGGCGGUAUCUUGUGGAACAAGACGAUGAGGUACAAGGCCGCCAUCGCCAACGAGCUCUACCUUACCGUGGCUGCCAGUCUCGCCAACCGGGUGCAGGGUUCCAAAGACCAUUACCUUCAGAUCGCAAGAGAACAGUGGGUAUGGUUUAAGAAGAGUGGGUUGAUCAACAAGGAUAACCUGAUCAACGACGGCCUCAACAGCACCACCUGCCUCAACAACAACGAGACUACCUGGUCCUACAAUCAGGGGGUCAUCCUGGGUGGUCUGGUCGAGCUCAGCAAAGCCGCGGGCAACGACUCGUAUCUCUCGCCAGCGGUCGACAUUGCCGAAGCGGCCAUCGCCAGUCUACAAGAUGAAGACGGCAUCCUUCAUGAAGCCGACCACUGCGACAUGCGAGCGGACUGUGGUGAGGAUGGGCCGCAGUUCAAGGGUAUCUUUAUUCGGAACCUGCACUACCUAUACAAGGCUGUUCCCAAUGAGAAAUUCGCGAUGACAAUCAAGAAGAACGCGGAUUCGAUCUGGGCCAAGGGCCGGGACCCAAGGACAAAUCGAUUAGGGCUAUCUUGGGUGGGCAAGCCGGAAGCGGGGAUUGGCCCGACGGCGAAAACACACAGCAGCGGGAUGGACGCGUUGGUUGCGGCGAUGGGUGCGAUUGCUGGAAGCAAGUAG